UUUUUUUUAAACAGAGUUUAUCACAGGACGGGCAGCAGGCAAAGAAGCAGAUAGUAGUAUAGAGUCCAGACACUCAGGAAAGUAAACAGUGUUUGCAGAUUCCUGUAUGUGAAGGGGAUCGUAAUUACUGCCUCAGAAUACAGCAAUAGGCGAAUACAGCUUCAGGGCCCUAUUGGAACGGAUCCAAAUAACAGGAGCUGCAGAGAUCUACAUGGAUGAUCUUUUCAAGGGUGAUUACUUACCUCAUAUCGAUUGAGGUUUUCUAAAAAGUGGGAGGAUUAUUGGCACAGUUAAGAAGAUAUUAAGUGCUCUGAAGACACCCAGCUUACACAGAAACUCUCAGAAAAAACUUGACCAGGUGGAAAGUUGCUUCAGCAUUCUGUUUUUCAUAUUAAGGCAAAAAUGUUAUUUGAUUACUUCACAUACAAAGGAGUAAAAUUUGCAUCUGACAUCCACUCAGAGGAGGGCAUCAGCUUUGCUGAAAACGAAUUCCAAGUGUUUGAUGAUGAUAUUUACAAUGUAACUUUUCCCAAAUCUGGUACCAACUGGAUGAUACAGAUUGUGAAUCUGAUCAAACAUGAUGGAGAUCCUAAUUGGAACAAAAAUAUACCAAAUUAUGAAAGAUCACCAUGGUAUGAAACUAUAAUUGGCCAAUCUCUUAUGAAAGAUAUUCAAUCUCCAAGAGUCAUUUCUUCACACUUGCCAUACCACAUUUUUGCUAAGUCUUUCUUCACAUCAAAAGCCAAGAUCAUUUACACAAUGAGGAACCCAAGGGAUGUCCUUGUAUCACUCUUCCAUUUUUCCAAGAUACUUUCUUUGUUUAAGGACCCUGAAAACUUCCAAGAUGUUUUAGAAGACUUUCUGAAAGGAAAUACUAUGUACAGCUCUUGGUUUGAUCAUGUCAAAGGAUGGAUGCAAAUGAAGGAUGACAGCAGAUUUUUAUAUAUUACAUAUGAGGAGCUACAGCAGGACCUGCGGGGCAGUGUAGUAAAAAUCAGUAAGUUCCUGGGAAAGGAGUUGGAUGAUGAAGUAAUCGAUUCAGUGGUUGAACAAUCUUCAUUCAAAAAAAUGAAGGACAAUAAGAUGUGUAAUUUCACACUCCUUGAACAGGAGCAUAUGGACCAAACAAAAGGUUUAUUCAUGAGAAAAGGAAUCUCCGGAGAUUGGAAGAAUCAUUUUACUGUUGCCCAGAGUGAAUAUUUUGAUAGUGUUUAUCAGGAGAAGAUGAAGGAUCUGAAUAUGAAAUUUUUCUGGGAAGAAAGUUGAUAAUGGAUCUAUGAUUGUUGCUAUUUAUAACUUCUCUUAAAUAA